AAACUUCUUCUCUUUUCAUGUUGCUCUGAUUAACCUCUUAAAUUUAUUUGAAAAAACAUUAAUAAAAAGUAAAACUUGGAAUCUCCGACUUGUGGGUUGUGGCUGUUGUUGUUGAUGUUGCUUGAGUAGUUAACAACACUUGCAGUAUUAGGGAAGGCAUUGCCAUGCUCAGAUCAUCUUGGACCAUUGUCAUUUAACAGUGAGGUUCGUCCUUUGUACUUCUAUUUCUGCCUUGAUGUCCUACUUCUUGCGUUAUUUUGUAACCAACCUACGACCAAAAGAGAAAGAAAGGAAACGAAGAAAAUCAGAGGAAAAGGGGAGAGAGAAUGGUUCUGGAAAGCAUUAUUUCCACCAUCGGCGUUGUUUCCCAGCACACCGUUGUUCCAAUUGCACGUGAGAUCAAUCAUUGUUUGAAAUACAAUCACAACUUUGAAAAUCUGAAGAGGGAAGUCAAGAAGUUGAAAAGUGCCCAGCUGAGGGUGCAGCAUUUAGUUGACGAUGCCAGAAACAAUGGGGAAGCAAUUCUUGAGGAUGUUAUAAAGUGGCUAUCUCUUGUGGAAGAAGCUUCAGAAAAAGUGGAAAGGGAGAUUUUGGAAGAUGAAGAUAGAGCGAGAAAGAAGUGCUUCAUCGGAUUGUGUCCGGAUCUCAAGGCACGAUACCAGUGUAGCAAGAAAGCAAAGGCGGAAACACGCUUUGUUGCCAGCCUCCUGGAUGAAAGAGAUGGUUUCAGCACAGUUUCCCAUCGAGCUGCUCCAAAAGGGAUGGAAGCUAUAUCUAUCAGAAGUUAUGACGCCAUGCCAUCAAGAACACCCGUUUUGAAGGAAAUUAUGAAUGCCUUAACAACUGCUGAUGUGAACAUGGUUGGGGUGUAUGGAAUGGGUGGUAUGGGGAAGACAACGCUGGUAAAAGAGGCUGCUAGACAAGCCAUUCAGGAGAAAUUAUUUAACCAGGUAGUGUUUGCCACUAUAACCCAAACCCAAGACAUCAAGAAAAUUCAAGGGCAGAUUGCAGACCAGCUUUCUCUAAAAUUUGAUGAGGAAAGUGAAUGUGGAAGAGCUGGUCGAUUGCGCCAGAGGUUGAAACAAGAGCAGAAAAUUCUUAUUAUUCUAGACGAUUUGUGGAAGAGUCUUGAUUUAGAAGCAGUUGGGAUUCCACUCAAGGAUGAACACGAAGGAUGCAAGAUGCUGGUGACAUCGAGGGAAUUUGAUGUUUUAUCUUGUGGAAUGGAUAUUCAAAAGAACUUUCCCAUCAAUGCUUUAUCUGAAGAAGAAACGUGGGAGUUGUUCAAAAAGAUGGCAGGAGAUCACGUUGAACAUCCAGAUUUGCAAUCCUUGGCAAUUGAGGUGGCCAAAAUGUGUGCAGGUUUACCGGUGGCCAUUGUAACUGUUGCAAGAGCUCUGAAGAACAAGAACUUGUCCCAGUGGAAGAAUGCAUUACGGGAACUAAAGAGACCAUCUCCAAGAAACUUCGCAGGAGUGCAGGAAGAUGUUUAUGCGGCUAUAGAACUAAGUUAUAAUCAUCUUGAAAGUAAGGAGUUGAAAUCAACUUUUCUUCUUUGUAGUCGAAUGGGUUAUAAUGCAUCCACUCGCGACUUGUUGAAAUAUGGUAUGGGUUUGGGCUUGUUUUCUGGCUUUGUUACAGUUGAAGAAGCACAAGACAGAGUGCAUUCGUUGGUUCAUAAACUCAAGGCCUCUGGAUUGUUGCUAGAAAAUCAUAGCGAUUGGCAAUUUUCUAUGCAUGAUGCUGUGCGUGAUGUUGCUAUAUCAAUUGCUUUUAGAGACUGCCACGUAUUUGUUGGGGGUGAUGAGGUUGAACCAAAAUGGUCUGCUAAGAAUAUGUUAAAGAAGUAUAAAGAAAUUUGGUUAAGUUCUAAUAUCGAGCUUCUUAGAGAGAUGGAGUACCCACAACUUAAAUUUUUACAUGUAAGGAGUGAGGAUCCUUCUCUAGAAAUAAGUAGCAACAUAUGUAGAGGAAUGCACAAACUGAAAGUCUUAGUAUUGACUAACAUUUCUCUUGUGUCUUUGCCUUCACCUCUUCAUUUCCUAAAAAACCUUCGAACUUUGUGUCUUCAUCAAUCUUCAUUGGGAGAGAUAGCUGACAUUGGGGAGCUGAAGAAAUUGGAAAUUCUCAGCUUUGCCAAAUCUAAUAUUAAGCAUUUGCCAAUUCAAAUAGGGCAGUUGACUAAGCUGAGAAUGUUGGAUUUGAGUGAUUGUUUUGAACUUGACGUAAUUCCACCAAAUAUCUUCUCAAACUUGUCCAUGCUAGAAGAAUUGUGUAUGGGAAACAGCUUCCAUCAUUGGGCUACUGAAGGGGAGGACAAUGCCAGUCUUGUUGAAUUGGAUCAUUUGCCUCACUUGACAAAUGUGGACAUACAUGUUCUAGAUUCUCAUGUUAUGUCAAAAGGCAUGCUCUCUAAAAGAUUAGAAAGAUUCAGAAUAUUUAUUGGAGAUGUCUGGGAUUGGGAUGGUGUUUAUCAGAGCUUGAGAACAUUGAAGCUCAGGCUCAACACAUGCGCCAGUCAUUUGGAGCAUGGUGUUCUAAUGUUGUUGAAGAGAACUCAAGAUUUGUAUUUACUUGAACUAAAGGGUGUUAAUAAUGUCGUCUCUGAACUAGACACGGAAGGAUUUCUACAACUGCGGCACCUCCAUCUCCACAAUAGUUCUGAUACUCAAUAUAUUAUUAACACUAGCAGCGAGGUUCCUUCUCAUGUCUUCCCUGUGUUGGAGUCUUUGUUUCUCUACAAUUUGGUAUCCUUGGAGAAACUUUGCCAUGGCAUUCUCACAGCAGAGUCUUUCAGGAAACUAACAAUCAUAGAAGUGGGGAACUGUGUUAAAUUGAAGCAUCUCUUCCCAUUCUCCAUUGCACGAGGACUUUCGCAACUUCAAACCAUCAAUAUUUCGUUUUGCCUAACCAUGGAAGAGAUUGUUGCUGAGGAAGGUGAUGAAUUUGAAGACUCUUGUACAGAAAUUGAUGUGAUGGAGUUCAAUCAAUUGAGCUCACUAUCGCUUCGGUGUUUGCCGCAUCUCAAAAACUUUUGCUCCAGAGAGAAGACAUCUCGACUCUGUCAAGCUCAACUGAAUCCAGUGGCAACUAGCGUGGGAUUGCAAUCUAAAGAAAUUUCAGAGGAUGAGCCGAGAAAUCCUCUCCAGCUUUUCUGUGAAAAGAUUCUUAUCCCGAAACUGAAGAAGUUGGAAUUGGUCUCUAUCAACGUUGAAAAGAUAUGGCAUGGCCAGCUUCAUCGGGAAAAUACAUUUCCUGUUCAAAAUUUACAGACAUUAUAUGUGGAUGAUUGCCACAGCCUGAAAUAUCUGUUUUCUCCUUCCAUGGUUAAAAGUCUUGUGCAACUCAAGUAUCUUACUGUACGUAAUUGCAAGUCCAUGGAAGAGAUAAUAUCUGUAGAAGGAGUGGAAGAAGGAGAAAUGAUGAGCGAGAUGUGCUUUGAUAAACUGGAAGAUGUUGAGCUCUCUGAUCUUCCAAGACUCACAUGGUUCUGUGCUGGCUCGCUGAUCAAGUGUAAAGUGUUGAAACAACUGUACAUUUGUUAUUGCCCUGAAUUUAAGACAUUCAUCUCCUGUCCCGAUAGCGCGAACAUGACAGUUGACAUUGAACCUGGAGAAUUGCAUUCAAGGGAGAGUGACCACAAUGCCGUUCAGCCUCUCUUUGAUGAAAAGGUUGCAUUCCCUAGCCUAGCUGAAAUCAAAAUUUCCCACAUAGAGAACUUGGAAAAGAUGUGGCACAACCAACUAGCUGAAGAUUCCUUUUGUCAACUACAAUCAGUAACAAUUUCUAGCUGUAAAAGGCUAGUGAGGGUUUUCCCAUCAAUUUUGCUAGAAACAUUCCGGAUGGUAGAGAUGUUGGAUAUCCGUCAUUGUCCUUUCUUAGAAGAGAUCUUUGACCUUCAAGAAACUGGUGCAUCUGGUUCCCUUCAGUUAAGAGACUUGUCCUUGAUUGGACUAGGCAAACUGAAGCAUAUAUGGAAUAAAGAUCCUCAAGGAAUACUCAGCUUCCAAAAUCUACAUGCAUUAAAGGUUUCUGAUUGUAAUGUAUUGAAGAAUCUGUUUCCCUUCUCUAUAGCUAGAGAACUUGUGCAACUCGAAAAACUCAAGAUAGAGCAUUGUGGGAAACUGGAGGAAAUUAUUGUGAAGGUGGACAAUGGUGAAGCAGCCCAUUGUUUUGUGUUUCCGCUGCUAACCUCAUUGAAACUUCAAGAAUUACCAGAAUUCAGGAACUUAUAUCCAGGGAAACAUACUUGGAAAUCUCCCAUGUUAAAAAGGUUGGCGGUGUCUGAUUGCUGCAAUGUAGCAUUAUUCGGCUCCAAAUUUCUUAAAUCUCAAGAAACUCAAGGGGAAGUCCAACUUGGUAUCCCGGCUCAACAACCUCUCUUCUUCGUCGAAAAGGUGAUCUCCAACCUGGAGGAAUUGUCAUUAGGUGGCAAGAACACAACUGCUUCAAUCAUUUGGCAUCACCAACUUCCAAUAGAGUGCUAUUCCUCAUUGAAAGUUCUAAAGUUACACGAUUUUGGUGUUAAAUCAGAUCCUAUCUCAUUCGGUUUCCUGCAAAGAUUACGGAAUCUUGAAACACUAUCCGUGACACAUAGUUCUUUCAAAAAGCUAUUCCUGUACAAAGGGCAUAGUUCAUUCAAAAAGCUACCAUCGAUCAGAGAAGUUGUUGGUGAAGAGAGACGUGCACUUGCACGAUUAAAAAAUUUAACAAUACAUGCAGUUCAUGAUAUAAAACAUAUAUGGAAGCAAGACCACCUGCUAGCUCCCAUUCUUCACAAUCUUAAGACUCUCAAAGUAGAGGAUUGUCACAGUUUGGUCAGUUUAGCACCAUCUUAUGUGUGUUUUCAAAAUUUAACAACUCUGGAUAUACAGUCGUGCCUUGGAUUAUUGAACUUGUUUACAUCAUCAACGGCUAAAAGUCUUGUGCAACUUGUUAAGUUGACCAUAGCUCAUUGCAAAAAAGUGACAGUAGUGGUGGCAAGACAGGGAGGAGAUGAAGCAGAUGAUGAGAUCAUUUUCAGCAAACUAGAAUAUUUGGAACUUCUAGAUUUACAGAAUCUCACAAGCUUCUGCUUUGGAAAUUAUGCCUUCAGAUUUCCAUCAUUGAAAGAAAUGGUUGUCGAAGAAUGUCCUAAUAUGAGAAUUUUCUCUCCAGGAGUGUUAAGCACGCCAAAGCUGCUGGGAGUACACUGGAAAAAGUAUUCUAAGAAUAGAGUGCAUUGGCAUGGUAAUCUUGAUAUUACCAUACAACACUUAUACACAGAAAUGGUUGGAUUUGAUGGUGUAAAGAGGCUAAAGGUAUCUGACUUUCCUCAAUUGAAAGAGAGAUGGCAAUGCCAACUUCCUUUCAACUUCUUCAGAAAUUUAACAAACCUCACGGUGGAUGAAUACUGUUAUUCGCUCGAUGCUUUACCUUCCACUCUGCUACAGUUUAUGAACGAUUUGCAGGAACUGCAAGUGAGAAACUGUGAUUUACUAGAAGGGGUAUUUGAUUUGAAAGGUAUUAGUCCAGAGGAAGGGAGGGUUUGGUUACCCCUUUUAUAUGAAUUGAACUUGAUUGGUUUAUCAAGGUUGAGACAUAUAUGUAACACAGAUCCUCAAGGAAUUCUGGAAUUCAGAAACCUUAAUUUUCUAGAAGUUCAUGACUGUAGCAGCUUGAGAAAUAUAUUUACACCAUCGAUGGCAUUGAGCCUUGUGCAUCUCCAGAAAAUUGUAAUAAGAAACUGUGACAAGAUGGAAGAAAUCAUCACCAAGGAGAGAGCAGGGGAAGAAGAAGCAAUGGAUAAAAUCAUAUUUCCUGUACUAAAAGUGAUCAUUCUCGAGUCUUUACCUGAGUUAAGCAAUAUCUACUCAGGAAGUGGUGUUCUGAAUCUUACAUCGUUAGAAGAGAUUUGCAUAGAUGAUUGUCCAAAUAUGAAGAUCUUCAUCUCCUCCCUUAUAGAGGAACCGGAGCCUAAUUCAGUUGAUAAAGGAAAAGAGCAGAGGCAAGGUCAGGGAGACAAUUAUAAUUUCACUGCACUUCUCACCUAUAAGGUUGCAUUUCCAGAAUUGAAGAAAUUGAGAGUGGAUUGGAAUGCUAUCAUGGAGGUGACACAGUGUGGCCAAUUUCGGACCGAGUUCUUCUGCCGACUAAAGGUUCUUGAACUCGUCCACUUUCCCAUUGAUUGUGUUGAUUUUCCAUCCUGGUUCCUUCAGAGAUUCAACAUUUUAGAGAGCCUUGUUGUGUGUGAUGCUUCUUUCGAAGAAAUAGUCCGGCUUGAAGAGAUGAGUAGCAGGCCGAACCAGGUCUUUGCUCAGCUAAGAGUAUUGGAGCUGUCUAAGCUGCCGGAACUCAUGCAUCUGUCGAAAGAAAGCUCGCAGGCAUGUCAAAUUUUCCAAAAUCUAGAAAUUCUUCGAGUAUCUGAAUGUGGCACACUGAAAACUUUAAUUCCAAUGUCGGUAUCUUUCCGAUGCCUGAUGACUUUGGAAGUCUCAAAAUGUAAUGGGCUAGCAAGUUUGAUGUCUUCCUCAACAGCUAAAAAUCUUGUGCAACUCACUAGCAUGAGUGUAGUCGAAUGUGAAACGAUUGAAGUAGUAGUUGCAGACGACGAAAAUGAAGCAGAAAAUGAGAUCGUUUUUCAUAAGUUGGAAAAUUUGGCAUUUCACUGCUUACCAAGCCUCACAAGCUUCUACAUGCAAAACUGUGCAUUGAUGUUUCCUUCAUUGGAGAGAGUAUUCAUAGAUCAGUGCCCGAAGAUGGAAUUGUUUUCCCGGGGAGUCAUAAACACCCCAAAGCUAGAGAGAGUACAAUUAACAGAAGGAGACAGCACAGGAUUCUGGAAGGAUGACCUUAAUUUGACUAUACAUAACUUGUUCGUGAAGAAGUCCAAAUUGCCAAGCUCAUCUAGGCAGCCCAGCUUAGCCCGUGAGACAACUGCAGCACAUAAAAAUCAAAUGUAUGCUGUCUCUGAAGGACCAGCUUCUGAGAAUUUGCACGUGAAUGAGAAUCCAGAUGCUGGAAAAGAUUCCCAUCCUGUCAUCGAAACAAGCACUAAUCUUGUUAUCAAAGAACAGGCCAUGAGAAAUGGAUUGAUGAAACCAGGCCCUCAAGUGACCUCAAUAUACCAAGAUUCCCAGGCAACUUUGAAUGAUAAGGAGGAUCGUGAACAAGGUCAGAGUCCCCUAGCUCCCAUUGACAUUGAAGCUCCCAUCUCUCAGCAAGUUCAAAAUGAUUCUCAAGCAACUGACGAGAAGGAAUUCCCGCAAGACCAAUUUAUGACUGCUUCUUCAAGUCAGCAAAAAAGCAUUGUUCUUGUAUCUCCUCCCAGUGCUGGAGAACAAUCUCUUGCAUCAACUUCUGCAUCUUCAACCAAUGAAACCUCCACUCAGAAGCUCGCAUCUCACACUUCCUCGAGACGAACUUCAGAAACAAUUACAGAAAUCGAGUCUCUAUUUGCUACCAUGGAACAAUUGGUCAGACCAUGUCCUGUGUCUUCUUCGCAGCCUGAAUCAAGUGCAAAUACACAUACUGAAUCUUAUGAGUCUGAUGUUGGGAGCCCCGAGAGUCAUGUCUACUCUAUGGGUUUGAUAAAGAAAAUCUUAUUGAAACCCCUGACGGAAGUAGCAAGAUCACCUGAUGGCCUCCUGUUGCUAGCUACAAUGAAGAAUCUAAAGAAAAGUGAUCUCCUAAAUUCUCAGCAGUUAGAAAUCAUUCAAGCUUACAUUGACAAUUUUCAUAGUCUAGUGUCCAACUACCCAUUGUACGAGCACCAAAUUGAUAGGACAAGUGCACUGAAAUGUUCCAUUGAAGAUAAGAAAAAAGGAAUUUCUGACCUCAAGAACCAUUAUGGAGAUCUUAUCAACAAUGCAAGCAGUCUUGCUGCAGAGAGGGAAGCAUUGAAAAAGAGACUUGAUGAGAUUGCAGAAGAAGAAAUUCACAUCCGAGAAGAUGCAGACGAUCUCCGUACACAGCUGAUCAGUUGGAAAGCUGAACUAGAAACGCACAUGAAAGCUCUUCCAGAAGCUUUGAGACAACAAAAUGAAGCUGAGAAUAGAACCAACAAUUCCAAUGAUUAUUGGGGUAAGAUUCGAAGCUUAUUUGCUUGAGCAGUUAAGUUGUUGGGAUUUACUUUCGAGAUGGUGAUUACUUUUGCAAUUAUUUGUUGCCAUAAACCAUAUACAUUGAAUCACUAUCUUUGUCUUGUAAUCAAAUUUAUUAAGUUACGAUCACCCUUUGUAAACCUUAAAACAGGCUUUAAUAAUCAAAUCAUAUUUUGCUCUACAA